AUGGCAGACAAAGAACGACUAGCUCGAAGCGAUUCGCUACAGACGGCCUGGCCCAUCCGAACAAGAUCGGACCGUUCCUCGCAGCAAACAGUCAAAGUCUACCAGCGCACUCGUCCUACAUUUUCGCGUCGAUCGGCACAGUACAACAGCAAGCUGAUCGAGCCAGAAACCGAGUCAAAGUCUGCUAAAGCUCUCAAAGCUGACAUACUCGAUUCACUCUCGUCCUUGACACUCUGCGAAACACCGUCCCUGUCAGCUUCUCUCUCGUCGUCGAUCUACCUUUCCCCGGGCUACGAUGAUGCUGCGCUCCCAUGUCAGCCGAGACGAGCCGGUAUCAGGGAGCGACUCAACAGCUCUCUCUCGUCUUCAGUGCUCGCCCUCAGUCCUCCCUCUCGCAACAAGAUGCAGCGCGCAAAAUCGGCCCAGAUGUCGUUGGCGUCUGCCGCUACCACCAUACAUAGCGAAGAGAAUUCCAGUCAGGUCUUCGGAGUUGCGUUCAGUCCCGACAAGAUCACACUGAGGUCGCCUAAAACUCUUAACGGCACGACGGCGUCACGCACAGGCAGGAGAGGUUUCAGCCUAUUCAGUCCUCCACGCACAACAAGAUCACAAAUGUCAAACGUCACGCCGCAGGUCGAUCUGCCACCGUCCUUCUCGCAAUUACUUGACACCGAUCUUCGCACUGAGCUCGAAUCCGUUUCGAUGUACCGCCGUCACAUGUAUCCUCAAUCGGCGAAAGGGCUCAAAGCGUCAAAGUCGUCUGCAACAUUGCUGACUCGUUCAGCAAAAGGCCAGAUCACCAAAGCGCCUUCGAGCAGACGCGCGACCAUCUCGUCAGCUAUCAAUGCGCUCAGUAACUUCUCGAGCUCAGUGCUCGCGCUUGCACCUUUUCCUGACACGAACACCCACGCCGACAAAGCGCUCGAACAAGACCAGGCAACGCAAGAUCCGGACCUGUCGCUUGCUUCGUCUACCUUUCCAGCAUGGCAUGUUCGCACCGGAUCUGGCUCCGGCUCGCUCGCGGCCGGACUCGAUCGUGACUUGCCGGCCCUGCCUCAGGAUGUACAUGUGACGGACCCUGCGGUCCAAGCAAAGCACCAGGCGCUCGAGCGAUCACUCAGCGAUCUGAUGCUUGCAGCUGCAGACAUCUUCGAGCCACUCCCUUUACCUUUGCGCUCCUCGCAUCGAGUCCGUCAUGCUGCCGGCACGCCUCGUUUGAUCCCUGCAAGAUCGCUGAACGUUUCGCCCACGCCAAGGAAGUCACACGGAAAUGGCAUGCCGCUUCGCAAGUACGCUUCUGCUCAGCAACUCUAUCAUCGCCGUUUCGACUCUGGCUCAUCAGCAAAUCACGAAAAGGCAAUCAGACGUCAGAUCUCGCUCGAUCAGCUCCUCUUGUCAGACAACACGCCUUCCCGGGCUGAUAGGGAAGCCGGCAUUCAGCGUGAGAGUCAGCUCUAUUCGACACCGUUUCAGUCAAUGCCUACUGUCGACGAUCAUCAACGCGGUAGCUCUUUCAGCGGCUCGCACAUGAGUCUCAUGUCCUUUGCGCAGCCAGCACGGGUCACGGAGCCUGCUAAGGCGCAUACUAGACCUACUCGUGAGCGCAAGCCAACUUACCUUUCCAUCGCAGAAGAGUCGACUCCGAUCAAUACGCUUGAAAGAUUGCAGCAGGUGCAGACAAGGCCAAACUCCUACUUUGCUCAUUCGCCUUCCAACCCUUCCGUCUGGACGCACCCCGGCGUCAUUUCGCCUUCACCUACUUGCCGAUUCACGUCAGAGAUAGAUAAUGCGCGUCUGAGUCCUUUCUGGACGGAGGAUUCGCGAGACAACUCUCAAAGCAAGUCACGAUCCCAUUGGUUGCGUCUCAAGGUUGCUCUACUUGCUCAUGCAAGCACCGCUCUUGCGGUCGUAAAGAGAAGCGUGGGAACGCAGACCGCCAAGCAGGAUGAGGAGAAAAGGGUCGAAUUCAGCACGCCUAAACGAGGACCCGGUCUGACUACGAAAACCACAUCAAAGAAUCUAGCCCGCACGAUGACUAUGCAUCCGGGCGACAAGGAAAAAGCUACCUACAACCACCUUGGCGAUAGCAGACAGUCUGACUACUUCAGAGAUUCGCAGGGCAGGCUUCGUAAGCUCAAAAUUGCUGGUCUUGCGCUGAUCGUACUCGUUGUGGCCUUGGCCAUUGUGGCGGUAUCACUUGCGAUUACUCGCGGGGCACGAGUAGGCGCUGGCGAUAUGCCGAUGGCGACGAACGUCUCUACAGCAUCACUACAGUCUACACAGAGACCUUUUUACGCGAUCGGCUAUGACGCACCGGGCGCUGGCAACUUCAAUUGGUGCAAUGUAUCAUACGCGCAGAUCUAUCGCGACGUUCAGCAGCUUGCACAAUUUACCACACGCCUUCGCACGUACUCCAGCGAUUGCGGUCAGCUAAGCAUGCUCCUGCAAGCCAUCGACACCAGCAAAGUCAACCUCACAGUCGAGGCGGGCGUCCUGAUGGACGCUCAAGAGUCUACGUUCGACCGACAGCUCGCUGCCGUCAAUGCAGCAAUGUCGAAAUACAAAGGCCGCCACAUCUCGUCCAUCAUUGUGGGCAGCAACUAUCUCUCGACGAGCAUUCGAUCUAACACAACGUCUGCCACUCAAGAGCUCGUGCGCGCCAUGACGGUCACCGCGACGGAGAUCAAACCGUUUGUCGAAGCCUUCGGCAUAGCCUCCAUUCCAAUCGGCACGGCACAAGUCGCGGGCUGCAUUGAUCCGGUCUUCGGUGCAGCAGCCGACUUUGUCAUCGCAAAUCUUCCUCCUGCUGCGUCGAGCACAGAUGUCGCACAGACAUAUGCCAACCUCGUCAAAACCCUAGGCAGUACCGGCCCGUCUGUCUAUCUCGGCAUGGCGAGCUGGCCGAAUGCGAGCAACGCGACGGCUCUCGAUCAGUUCAUACAACGGAAUCUGUGUGCACCUCGGGCAGAUCGCAUGAUGUGGCCAAUCGCUCAAGAUGCGCCGGCCGGGCUCUUCACUGCGUCAUUCGGCGAAGUUGACGCGGCUUGUGCUGUCGGGCCCUGA